ACGCCGAGUUGGGUUUUUGGGCCCCUAGGUUGGCACUCCGGGACAGCUUGUUUGCCCUACUUCCCGCGCCUGCGGUCCAGCUCUGGUCCCGGACCCCUACUGCGGUAGCGCUCCGAGCUCCCCACGACCCGCAGCGCUGCCGAGCUCUGAAAAAAACAUCUUUUCCUGUAUCUGGGCAGAGUGUAGGGAGUGACAAGUUUGACUUCAAAGAGAAGGAGCCAGGCCAGUGAGAACAAUGGCCACUCCCUCUGGCCUUCAGCCUUUGCCACCCCUGGAGCAGGACCUGGAGGGGCAGGACCUAGAGCAGGAUGAGAUCCUGAUUGUGAAGGUGGAGGAGGACUUCUGCUGGGAAGAGGAGCCUCCUCUGGAGGAGGAAGACCCCAGCCCUGAGACUUUCCGCCAACUCUUCCGCCUCUUCUGCUACCAGGAGGUAGCUGGGCCCCGGGAGGCCCUGAGCCGCCUUUGGGAGCUCUGCUGCCGCUGGCUACGCCCAGAGCUGCGCACCAAAGAGCAAAUCCUGGAGCUGCUGGUGCUGGAGCAGUUCCUGACUGUGCUACCGGGGGAGAUCCAGGCCCGGGUGCGUGAACAGCAGCCCGAGACCGGUGAGGAGGCCGUGGUCCUCGUGGAAGGGCUGCAGCGGGAGCCCUGGAAACAGAGGCAGCGGGUGAGGAGGGGGGCAUUGCUCUUUAGCAAGGAGCUGAUCUUGAAUAAAGGGCCAUUUGGGCCUCUACUGCCACUUGUGUGUGCCGGAGCAGGGUGGUGGAUGAGCUGUGGGGAUUUGCCUGUGACUCUCAGCUCCUUCCCAGGCCCACCAGCCUCCCAGGAUCAGGAGAUGGUGACAUCAGCCUCAUCCUUCCUUUCGGCCUGGUCCCAGGUGCCGGAGACCUUGGAGGAUGUGUCCAUGUACCUGUCCAGAGAAGAGCAGAGAUGCCUGGACCCAGCUCAUCAGGACCAUAGUUGGGAUGUGCUGCGGGAGAAUGAGGGGCUCAGGAUCCAAUUGGAGGAUGGUGCCAACACCAGGAUGGACACACCGAUGAGAAUGGAGUGGUACCGAGUGCUGUCAACACGGUGCCAGGGUCCUGGCCACCCACUCCCAGCUCAGGGACUGGCCCCAGUCAGGAGCUUGGUUAGCUCCAAGCAGCUGAGAGGCUGCCUCCCACCAGAAAGAGGGGAGCCCCGUGGGACUGACAAGCCAUACACAUGCCCUGAAUGUGGCAAAGCCUUCAGCAAAACAUCCCACUUGACUAAGCACCAGCGCACUCACACUGGGGAGCGUCCCUACAAAUGUCCGGUCUGUGGGAAGGGCUUCAGCGACCGCUCCAACUUCAGCACACACCAGAGGGUCCACACAGGCGAGAAGCCCUACCCAUGCCCUGAGUGUGGGAAGCGCUUCAGCCAGAGCUCCAGUCUGGUCAUCCACCGCAGGACACACACAGGCGAGCGGCCCUAUGCAUGCACCCAGUGUGGGAAGCGCUUUAACAACAGUUCCCACUUUAGCGCGCACCGCAGGACGCACACAGGUGAGAAGCCCUACACGUGCCCGGCCUGUGGCAGGGGUUUCCGCCGUGGCACCGACCUCCACAAGCACCAGCGGACCCAUACUGGAGAGCGUGCUCCGCCACAGCCCCAAGGAGUCCAGGGCCCAGAGCCUGGCCACCAUGCACACAGUGCUGCUCCCAGGACGCUUGUCAGAAGUUCACAGUCGCAGAAUUUGUGAGGCCGCUAGACCCACUUCUGUCCCAGCACCAGAUGCCCUGAUCUGAAGGCAUUUUCUGUCGGUCUGGCAGUAGGACAGCUUGGGUACCCCAGCCAAUGCCAGAAGCCAGGCACAGACAGGGUGUCCGUCUAUCCUAGGGCAGCUGGAACAAGCAGCACAAGCCAUACUCCUCUGCCCCUGGGACUCUGGUGCCUGUGUCCUUAUACUGUAAGGACACCAGUCAUUGGAUUAGGGCCCCCCAGUCUACCCUGACCUCAUCGUAAGUAAUUACAUGGUCAAAAACCCUAUUCCCAAACAAGAUCACAUUCUGAGGUUCUGGGCAUAUGUGAAUUGGGCAGGGGGUACUCUCCAGCCCGAUGCCCCAUGUCACAAAUCCCAGCCUGCCUUUCAUCUUUGCCUUCCAAAAGCAGGCUGUGGGGCUUUUCCAGUAUUGCAUGGUGCCACAGGGGAGGGGGGUGAGUUUAGGGUCACCUUGGCACACUCCCAGCUACUCAGAGGAGGGCAAUGCCAGAGUGGGAAUGCCUCCUUGGAGACCCCUCUUCCUGGCCUCAUGUCACAGGGAGGAAACCCAGAGAUUCCACUGGGCCUGACAGCUCUCCCCAGGACGGGGGCCCAGGGCUGCCCUUGUUCUGACCCUCGGUGGUGGUUUUCCAAUGUGGCCCUUCUUGGUUGCCCCCUUCAUCUAUAAGAAUUCUCCCCCUUCCGGCUUUUGUCUAGCCUGAGACCAUAAGCCUCUCUGAUCUGCACACCCAGUCUUGGUGAGUGGCUGGCAGGGGGCAGUAUGAUGAAGCCCAUGGUGGGUUUAGUCAUCAUGGAAGUAAUAGGACAGCUGCUGAAACCACUGGGUUCUGGAACAUUCCAUCCAGGCAGUGUGGCUCCAUCCGUGGCUGGGUGGCCUUGGCCCUCAUCCCAGCCUGUGAUGCCCCAUCCUGUUUUGUCGCCUAUUUGCUGUAUAAAUUUUCACCUUUUGACACAACCCAGGUUCCAUGGUACAGGACCUGCUCUUUCUUCGUUCCCUUAAUAAAUAACAUCAGUCCUC